AUGGCAUUGGCUGCCAAAUCAGUCAGAUUAUUCGGGAGAGGUAUUGCAUCUGGCCUUUAUACGACUGUGCAUAGUUCGGGUAUUGGCCAUACCGUUGGUAGUAGGUUCCUGGCGGUGGCUGAGGGUAAUAGUAUCCCAUUUGCUGAGCCUGCUGGGAUUGCGAAGGAGCUUGUUGGGGAGGGUAGGAAUAUUGUGAGUAGUGAGAUUGAGCUGUUGGGUAAUAUUGGUAUGUUUGCGGGUCAUUCGUCUGGGGAAUCACCGUAG